AUGUCUUCUACUGAAAGAAAUGCAGAUGUUAUUCUUCAAGCACAUAGAGAUAAAUUUUUAUGGAAAUUAGAAAAUCUUCCCCAGCGUGAUUCAACUUUUCAGCUGGCCAAAGAAACCCUAAACUACCUUCGUCGUGUUGUAUUAAUUGGGAAAUAUGAUAAUAUAGAAAGUGCUGUAGCAGUACUCCGUGAGGAAGGAAGUCUUAUAUAUGCAGCAAACAAAAGUGAAUUUGUUGUCAGGAAUAUGGUUUUAUUUGUUCUUAAAAUGAUGAGAGAUGAAUGGUAUCGUCUUAAAUGGGGAGUUGAUGCUUUAUGUAACCCAUACGAUUCAUUAAAUAAACUAUGGUUAUCAGAUAAUGAUAACAAAAAAAAAGUAUCAGCAGCUGCUUUGAAAAAAGGUACAAUAGCCUCAAUAAAGGAAUUUAUUGAAGAAAUGAAUAACUGCUCAGAUAAUAUGUGUAAACAAGCUUCUGAUCAUAUUCUUGGAGGAGAUACAAUAAUAACUCUUAAAUUAAAUGAAGCACAUACCCUAAAAGAGUUUAUUUUAGCAGCAAGAAAAGUAAACAAAGGUUUUCAUAUUUUACAAGUUUCUGACAAGGAUGAAGUUUGUGAUUUAGGUGGUGAAACAAUCAGUUCAUGUGAUGUCUUUAGAGCCAUGUGUGUUGCAACGAGAGUUGUUAUCUCUGCAUGUGCUAUUCUUCCCGAUGGAAGUUGUAUCUGCCAAGCUGGAACCUUAAAUUUGUGUCUUGCUGCCAAAUCAUACUCUGUUCCAGUGCUUGUAAUAUGUGCUUUUUACAAGUUAACACCAAAAUUUAUCCCAAACAGUGAAAAUUGUCAGUUUGAAAAUUGUCCAUUAAAUGUUCUGGAUGCAAAAGACAUUGAAAAGUAUGAAAACAUUAAUGUUGUCAAUCCUGCUUUUGAUUUAAUUCCAGCAAACCUAGUUUCUCUUUACAUAACUUCAACAUCUGCUGUAAAAUCUGCCCAUGUUUAUAGAUUAAUAGGAGAAUAUUAUCAUCCAGAAGAUUUAUAUGAUUCCUCGUGGUAA